UAUUUUUGUAGAAAAUAUAAUAAACAGUAGUGUUAGGUUCAAAAAGUAAAAUAUUAGCCAGUGGCUUACAUAUAAUGGGUUAAAUAUUUAAAUAACAGUUUAAAAACAAAGUCAUUUAAAACAAAUACCUCAAACCUUUUUAAUGUGUAUUUAAUUUACCGUAACGCUAUUAACGUUUUUUAACCAGUGGCUUAACGGAAGGGAUUUUAGGAGGCCAAAUCGCCCCUAGCAAGGUAAGGCAUGCACAAAUUCAACACUAAAUACAAAAUAUAUAAUUAAGACAAUUAAUAAAUUAAUUAAAUGUAUUUCGAAACCUUUUUAAUUAGUAUUUUUUGAAUAGAACACUAAUUUGCAGGGUCACACUGUCCAUGCCAAGAAUAAGCUCAAAAGAAAGCUUGGAAAAAUAUUAAAAAAAAACGUCAACAAAAAAGAUUGGAAAAGCCAGGCGAAAAAGAGACAGCUAGACGGGAUUACAUGUUGUGAUUGAGUGAUCACACUAGAAACGUUCUGCCACGAAGAGGUUAUAUUUACAAAAAAUGAAGAUUCGAACCAGGAGGAGCCUUUCCUUUGCCGGCUGUGGAUUCCUUGGCAUCUAUCAUGUAGGCGUUGCGGUCUGCAUGCACCAACACGCUCCCCAGCUACUGGAAAGGAUUGCCGGUGCAUCUGCCGGCGCAUUGGCCGCAUGUUGCCUGAUCUGCGAUCUUCCGUUGGAAUGCAUGGCUGAGGAUUUUAUACGGGUUGUCCAGGAGACGCGACGCCACUCCUUGGGUGCCUUCAGUCCGUGGUUUAAUCUGCCGGAAUGUCUUCUCGAAGGGAUGCACCGCUGUUUGCCAGAGGAUGCCCAUCAACGGGUCAGCGGAAGACUCCAUAUUUCUCUAACCCGCGUAAGUGAUCGCAGCAAUGUGGUCAUGUCAGACUUUAGCUCCCGCCAGGAGCUACUUGAUGCCCUCAUGUGCACCUGCUUUAUUCCCGGACUCUCUGGAUUUGUUCCUCCACAGGUCCGAGGAGUUCGUUAUAUGGAUGGCGCCUUCUCCAAUAAUCUGCCUUUGCUCGACGAGCACACCGUGACCGUGAGUCCCUUCUGCGGGGAAAGUGAUAUAUCCCCAAGGGAUCAGAAUCCUCAUCUCCUGCAGCUGAAUAUUAAUUGGGCGAAUACUUGCAUCCGGUUAUCCAGAAGGAAUUUGCGGCGCAUGGUGCGCAUCUUGUUGCCGGGUAGAGCCGACUUCAUGGCCAAUUUCUGUCAGCAGGGAUACGAUGAUGCGUUGCAUUUCCUGCACAGGAAUAGCCUGCUCGAAGCUGGAACCAAAAUUCAGGAAAAGGCCAUGAUCAUUUGGAUUCACCAGCAGGAGAAGAAGGAACAAGAGCGUUUUGAAAAGCAAAGGGCUCUUGAGAAGGAGCAAAUGAGUCUGAAAACUAUAAAGGAAAAGGUUAAACAGGAUAAGGAGCCACAAGAUCGGGUUGAUACCAAGCGAAGGAAUCGUAAGCAGAGAUCUCAAAGGAGAUCUAAGAAAAAUCAGAAAAGGAAUUUAAAAAGUCAGGAGAAGGAAGUAAGGUUUCCAGAUCUCCAGGAUCACCAAGAAAGCUUUCAGACUCCGACAAAGAACAAUCAUCUGGCGAAAACGCCCAAUCGGAUACCCAAGAAGGAACAUGAUCACUAUGCCAGCUCCCUUAUAAGCUCAGCCUGGUCAUUUCUUCGUCGCGUGAUGAUCGCUCCGCCGCUGGCCAGGCACAUGGUCCAAAUGAUCGCCAGUCGCAUCAGUCGGAGUCUCACGCUUUGCGAGCAGCCGCACUUUGAUCUCGCUCUGAUGCAGACACCACCCUCCUCGUUCUCCUCAUCCACCACCACGAGCACCUACUGCCUCCCAUCGACGCCACUGGUUUAUAGCGAUAACGACAAAGUCAAGGCCAAACGACCAAGCGAGGCCAGUCAAUUGGAAAUUGGGAGAUCAGGUGGCUGAAGACGAGGGACAGACCGACGUUCAUUGGGCGCCAUUAGGUUUAUCAGCGAUCGUCAAUCGAUCAGUUCUCAAUUGAUUUUUAUGCCUGUUCCCGCAAUUACUUUAAUUUAAUGGGCAAAUUGUUCCGUGUUUUUGUUUUCUCUUUUUAAAUAUCAUGUUUUUAAAUGUUUUUACCUUGUGUUUUUAUUAACUGCUGUGACUUAAAUAAAACUACACAAAAAUAUGCAA